AUGGCGGACGACCCCAGUGCUGACAGGAACAUGGAGACCUGGAAGAUCAAGAAGCUCAUUAAGAGCUUGGAGGCAGCCCGCGGCAAUGGCACCAGCAUGAUAUCCUUGAUCAUUCCUCCCAAAGACCAGAUUUCACGAGUGGCAAAAAUGUUAGCAGAUGAAUUUGGAACUGCAUCUAACAUUAAGUCACGAGUAAACCGCCUUUCAGUCCUGGGAGCCAUUACAUCUGUACAACAAAGACUCAAACUUUAUAACAAAGUACCUCCAAAUGGUCUGGUUGUUUACUGUGGAACAAUUGUAACAGAAGAAGGAAAGGAAAAGAAAGUCAACAUUGACUUUGAACCUUUCAAACCAAUUAAUACAUCAUUGUAUUUGUGUGACAACAAAUUCCAUACAGAGGCUCUUACAGCACUAGUUUCAGAUGAUAGCAAGUUCGGAUUCAUUGUAAUAGAUGGUAGUGGUGCACUUUUUGGCACACUCCAAGGAAACACAAGAGAAGUCCUGCACAAAUUCACUGUGGAUCUCCCAAAGAAACACGGUAGAGGAGGUCAGUCAGCCUUGCGUUUUGCCCGUUUAAGAAUGGAAAAGCGACAUAACUAUGUUUGGAAAGUAGCAGAAACUGCUGUGCAGCUGUUUAUUUCUGGGGACAAAGUGAAUGUGGCUGGUCUAGUUUUAGCUGGAUCUGCUGACUUUAAAACUGAACUAAGUCAAUCUGAUAUGUUUGAUCAGAGGUUACAAUCAAAAUUUUUAAAAUUAGUUGAUAUAUCCUAUGGUGGUGAAAAUGGAUUCAACCAAGCUAUUGAGUUAUCUACUGAAGUCCUCUCCAACGUGAAAUUCAUUCAAGAGAAGAAAUUAAUAGGACGAUACUUUGAUGAAAUCAGCCAGGACACAGGCAAGUACUGUUUUGGUGUUGAAGAUACACUAAAGGCUUUGGAAAUGGGAGCUGUAGAAAUUCUAAUAGUCUAUGAAAAUCUAGAUAUAAUGAGAUAUGUUCUUCAUUGCCAAGGCACAGAAGAGGAGAAAAUUCUCUAUCUAACUCCAGAGCAAGAAAAGAAUAAAUCUCAUUUCACAGACAAAGAGACAGGACAGGAACAUGAGCUUAUUGAGAGCAUCCCCUUGUUGGAAUGGUUUGCUAACAACUAUAAAAAAUUUGGAGCUACGUUGGAAAUUGUCACAGAUAAAUCACAAGAAGGGUCUCAGUUUGUGAAAGGCUUUGGUGGAAUUGGAGGUAUCUUGUGGUACCGAGUAGAUUUCCAGGGAAUGGAAUACCAAGGAGGAGACGAUGAAUUUUUUGACCUUGAUGACUACUAAGUAGUCGAUGUCGGUCCGGCAAAACGUGCCUCACCCUCCAGCAUCCAACCCAAGGAGAAUACCCAUGGUGGAAUCCAAACAGAUCCCUGCCUUACAAUUGGAACAUUUCCAGAACUUAAUCCAUGAGCAUUGGAUAUUGAAAAGAAACCGAAACAAAACCAGACCCAACCCUACACUUUGGUUUGUCAUGGUGUCAGCGCAGCAGCCUACGACUAAGUUCCUAAAUGCCACUUUGGACUAA